GACGUAUCUUAUACUUUAGAGACAAAAAAGAUGGCGUCUCGAUUUCCCCUCUCCACUCAAACCCUCUUCUAAAUCUUCUUCGCAUCUUAGCUUACGAUCUUUCAAAACCCUCCCCUUGACGAAACCCUAAUUUUUAAUCUUAGGGUUUUGUCUGAAUAGGAUGCUGGUUGCUAAUUCGGAGUUCUCUUCAUCUAUUUUACCUCGUUCGCCGUUAAUACCAAACCCCGUCGAAACCCUAGACGAGUCGAUUGGUAAUAAUCAGGCCUCGCUCUCGACGGAGGAGGUCUCACUUCCGCCUCGUAACUCAGACGAGCCUCCUUCCGCUCCGUUGAACGAAACCCUAAUCGUGUCUUCUCCGUUACGUCUUGAGCACGGCGAGUGCAGUGAUUCUCAAGUCGUCACCAAGCCUAUAAAUCACUCUAAGAGCAACAAUACAAACUUGGUCAUUUGUUUGUCUGAUUCCACGACUAAUCGCCAACAACGGUCUCCCAAUGUUUCACCUGGAUCCGAUACUGAUGUUGACUCAGAGAACAAACCCUUGCGGAGGAGAUUCAGACAAGAACCUCCAAAGAUCGUGGAAUCCACUCGUGUUGGUGCUGGACUUUUGAACCUAGGCAACAGCUGUUUCAUUAACUCGGUCUUGCAAUGUUUCACUCACACAGUGCCUCUUAUCGAAAGUCUCUACUCAUACCAAUAUCAAGAUCCUUGUACCUGCAACGAGAGGUUCUGUGUGAUAGGGGCUCUUCGAUAUCAUAUCGGUUAUGCACUGGCGACCACUUCAUUAUUUUCAAUAUCUCCGAUCUAUUUCUUUGACAAUCUCAAUUAUUUUUCACCUGACUUCCGGUGUUACCAACAAGAAGACGCACAUGAGUUUCUACAUGCGUUUUUAAAUAAGUUGGAGAUAUGUUGUUUGAAUCGACGAAAUGAUGUUAACUUUGUUCAACAUAUAUUUGGUGGUCGUCUCGUCAGUGAGCUUCGUUGCUGCAACUGCAACUAUGUUUCCGAGACAUUUGAAGAUUCUCUUGGGUUGAGUUUGGAAAUUGAAGACUUUGAUAACCUUCAAAGUGCACUAGAUUCCUUUACUCGUGUGGAAAAACUUGAAGAGCAAAUGACGUGUGAUAACUGUGAUGAAAAAGUUUCAAAGGAGAAGCAACUCUUGCUACAUAAUCUGCCACAGGUUAUCACAUUCCACUUGAAGAGAUUCAAGAAUAAUGGAUAUUUCAUGAUGAAGAACUACAACUUUGUCGAGUUUCCAUUGGAGUUAGACUUGCUACCAUAUAUGAGCAAUGGCCAAGUUGCUACAAAAUAUUAUCUUUAUGCUCUUGUGAAGCAUUAUGGGUCAUUAGCUUAUGGUCAUUACUCUUCCUUUGUGAGGUCAGCCCCAAAGAUAUGGCAUAAGUUUAAUGACAAGCAGGUCACUAGAGUCGAUGAAGAUUUUGUGUUACAACAGAAUUCAUAUAUUCUUUUCUAUGCAAGAGACGGGACUCAAUGGUUUUCAACAGCCAUUGAAGAAUUGCAUCCAAUGACCGACGAAGAUAGUAGCUCAGAAUAUUCUUCGCAAACGUCUGACUCUGAUCAUACCAACGAGGAGUGUUCAUCUGAAAUCAGUUCUGAGAAUGUAUCCAAAAAGGGAUGUGGCUCAGCGGGAUUAUCUGACCUAUUAAAUGCCGCGACAGAAGAGAGUUUUGUUUCCGACUCCGACAAACCCAAGGAAGAUGUGUUGUCUGAACCGGAAGAGUUUAGUGAUGAGGAUUCUUAUUCCAUGGAAUUGCUUGUGGAUUCUGAUGAUGAUUCUAACAACUCAUGCACCGAGAAAGAAGCAGAUUCUUCUUUAGACAUUGAAAAAGCUACAUCUAGUGUUGGUUUUUCUCCUGACUCGUCGUCAAAACAGCCGGAAGGAAGUUUCCGAAUUCAACUCGGACAAGUGGAAACUACAAAGAACCAAGAAGAAGAAGAAUCUUGCAAGGAACCAUUACUAAUAAGAAGCCUCAUGAAGAAACCUCCACCUCGUGAUAGAGAGUUGGACGAACCUAUGUCUACAUCUGGUUCUGCACAAAAAAAAAUAAAAACAUCAUGAAAUUGUCUAGCAAUC